AUGGCGGAUAGAAUUUUGCUUAAUGCGACGAAAGGGAAACCUAAAGCUUUGAGUAUUUGUAACAAAGAACUGAGAAGUGUUCCAACAUUAAUUGGAAAAUUGACGUCUUUAAAAAAUGUGGACUUAAAGAACAAUUUUUUAACAGAUCUUCCUCCAGAAUUUUCCUCGCUUAAACAGGUGACAGCUUGUUUAAAAUGCCCUAAAUGUAAACAUAACAGUUGAAGUAAUUUAAAACAGUUUUGUUUUCUUUUAAGCUGGAAUCUCUUAACUUUGGAAACAACAAGUUUGAAGAUCUUCCAGAAGUUCUAUCCUUCCUGUCUGGUUUACAGAGAUUACAUCUCUUCAAUAACCAGUUAAAGAAACUCAACUCUGUGGUUUUAAGUGAGUAAAGGACUUGAGACCAGUGCAAUACAUUCAUUAGCUCCCCCAAGUAGGAUUUUCAGAAUUAAAUUUUAAGGAGUGUAUGAAAGGAAAAGUAAGGAAAGUAGAAGACCGAGUGUAAGGUCAUUUUUCCUUACUUUCAUUUCUUAGUCUAUUUUGGGACUCUCUAAUGGAUGGUCCACAGAUGGGGUGGGGGGGGGGGGGGUAAGAGAUAGUCUAUGGACCAGUUUGUGGAGUGGUCCACGGACCAGCGGGUCUUAAGUACAGGACACAUUCCUUAGGUCAAGUAGCUCGUGCCAGGCUCUCGUUCACCCUCUCUCCCUUGCAUUCACACAGGUUUUUAUGCUUUUUUUUUUCGAUCCGUUGUCUCCACUAUCUUGGAGCCUGGAGCAGGCUAUAGGUCAAGUAGCAUGCUGAAUUAUACUCUGAGCUGAAGAAUGUGUGACCUUUGAAUUAGAAUAACCUGCAAUAAGGCAUUAUAAUUUUUUUCUGGGAAAGUGGAGAAAACAACACUUUACGCAUUUACUUCACCAGUCAUCUGCCACCCCCUAAUUAAGCCAUCUAUCAACAUUUCAUGUGGGGUUAAUUUUACCAGAAAUUCAAGUAGUUAGUAAUAAAGGUUGAUCAGAAUGUAUCAUUCUACUUUCCAGGCAAGUGGUAAAUUGGUAAAGACCAAUUUGCACUGCUGUUAUUGUUAAUCUUGCCUUAUCAUUUGCCGUUUUCACACUAGAGACAGAUACAGUACCGCUCAAAAGUAAGUUGACACUCGAUGCUUGAAACUCGAGACUCGAUCCUCGCGUCUCGAAGCUCGAAUGCUUCGAGAUGCGAGGAUCGAGUCUCGAGACAUGAGGAUCGAGUCUUGAGUUUCGAUGAUUGAGGAUCGAGGAUCCAAGAAGCGAGGUUUUCCGAAAGAUCGAUGUUGUACAGUCACGUAGCCGUUCAGAUAUUCGCACCGUCGAUCAGUGCUUUUGGUGCGGUGUUCUGUAACUGUUUGAGUCGUCGGGGUUCGCCAAGCUUUGAAUAAGUGUAAAUCAAUGUUUUCAUUUUUGAAGAUUUAUCCUGCAUGUACAGUGUAUGUAGCCUUUGCUUGUCACAUUCCGAGUUUUUCACAGGUGAACGGUGCGCUCGGCAAGCUCAAGCUUGUCGCGGUUUUAUGCAAAUCUUGAUGAAGAUUACGACAUUUGAGUUGUUAAAUUUGCUUGUUUGUCAAACUUCAACUAAAGGCGGCUUAGGAGAUGUAGCCUUUUACUCGAUAAUUUUAUUUGAAAACUCGGCGAUUCCGUGGCUUGUCGCGCUUUUGGCAUACGUAAAUAAUGUUGAUAAAGUCAUGAGAAACUACGUUCGUUCUAGAGAGCGAAAUUUUCAUGUGCGCAUUUUAGUCGAUACCUUGGCUUGUCACGCUGUUACUGUAUGUAAAUAUGCAAAUCUACACGUAGUCACACAAUAAUUGCAUGGAAAACUUUAUUUGUAACAAAGAGCGACUUUUUCUCGAGCAUUUGAGUCAUUAAAUUUUCCAUUAGUCAAUUUCAACAUAAUUUAUGUAACCUUUCAUUGCCAUGCUCAUUCGAAAACACGGCUCAGCAACUCCGUGCGUGAAUUAUAAAACUGGCUGUUAUGCAAAUCUGGCUGAUGUCACUAGAAACUUUGUUUGCUGAGGCGAGAUUUUAACACACGAACAUUUGAGUAUUGAAAACAAAGGUCCAAACUCGUUUCGUGCAAACGACAGAAAGUGACAAGGAAUGCACGAGCCUAGCACGGGUACUCUGCAAAAAAUCGGAAAAGUAGUUGUCACAUGAUUCGGAGUUUGACAGACAGACAGACCCCGUGGUAUUGAUUUGUGAGAUAGAUAAGAUCUAGUUUUUGGAUCGAAGCGUGUGAAUCUGUGAUCUUGUUUUGGAACAAUUAAAGAAGAUUUAUGGUUGAAAAAUUUGGUUUGAGUACAAUUAUCUACAGAGUCGUUUAGUUAUUGUUCGCUUUCAAACAGAGGCUCUUUUUACCGCUAGCCUGACGUAAGAACGAUGGAAAGUCAAGAAGAAUUGCGGCUGUAUACUGUGCACGAGCGAUAUUAAUAUGGGCGUUUUUAGUAUGAGUUGUUUCGUUGUUGUUUACUUUUUGAAAGCUAUUACGUAUAUGUAUCUCGCCUUCACUUCUAAAAAGCAAGUUUCAAAAGGACUAUUAACAGGAGACCAGAAGCGAACAUUUUUGCUUUCAAAGCGCAAGCUUCGUUGACCCCUGGGUUAUGCAAAAGCAAACGAGUCUCACCCAAUACAUGGAGCCGUGAUUUUUAGAAUGAAAGGUAAGUGUACACUUUUAGAGAGAUCGCUUUCUCAAAUCAAAAUGUAAAACUCGAUCCUCGAUCCUCGAUCAUCAAAACUCGAGACUCGACCCUCUAGACGCGAGACUCGAUCCUCGAAAGUUUUGAAAAUUGAGAAUCAAGUCUCGCGUCUCAAGGAUCAAGACGCAAGUGACUGUCAACUUACUUUUGAGGCGGUACUGUAAUCCAUCUUCAAAAUCUGUCAAAAUUGACCUAAAAACAGAUAGAUAAUGUCAGGCAGAUUGUCUGUCCAAAAUUAAGACCAUUCCAUUUUCAAAUCGUAUUAUUUGUCUGACGCGAAUUAUCCAACAGAUAACCCAUCUCAUACGGAUAAUCCAUCUCUAGUGUAAAUACUGUACAGCUAUUGACGUGUGGUAUAAUUCCUUGGAAACAAUAUUAAUAGUGGAACAACAGAAUUGUGUGUUUUACUGGAAGUGAUGUGUAGAGUAGAUGAUCAGGCAUCCCUUUCUCCUUGUCUCUCAUACAAAAAGAAAAGAAGGACCGCCUGAACACAGGUUAAUUUUAGAACUGUCAUUCACAGACCCAGUCUAUUGGAAGGUUCUGUGGACUGGGGUAAGUUUUUCAGGAUUAUCAAUUGAAGUUAUACCUGAUAACUGGACGAAAAAUUCCCUCAUUCUAAUAUUGUGAUCUCUAGGUGGACUUCAGAAGUUAACAUUUCUUAAUCUGAAUGGAAAUCAGCUACAAUCACUACCUAAAGAAAUAAACAGGUACUGAGUGUCAGAGCAAGGUCAUCAUUAUAUUUUGCUUUCUCUGAGUAACAUCAGUGAUCUGUAAUUUCAUCUUUCACUAUUAAAGUAAGAGAACAAUGAACAGUCUGAAGAAAUUGAAUAUUUUCCGCAAGAACCACCCUCCCCCAAAUUUGAAAUAUGCGGUAACCUCUUGAGCUUUGCCUUUGCCUAUCUUUGGCACAAAAUUUUUCAUAUUGAUAUUUUGGUUAUUUUUUGGUAAAUUGCAGACUGGUGUCAUUACAGUUUCUCAGUGUGGAUCAUAAUCAACUGCAUAGCGUUCCCACCGAGAUCUGUCAUUUGAUCAAUCUUGCAGAGUUACAUCUUGCUGACAAUCAAAUAUCAAGGUAAAUUUAGACACUCUAGGCAUGUGACAAUAGACGAAGCCAAGUUAUAGUGAUGUAAGGUUGAUUUUGAGCUUCGCUUAAAAUAUUUAAUUCGACGCGCGCUGUAUUUAGGUUAUCGCAUUAGAGUAGCUGUUGAUUGAUUUGUACGCCAGUAUAUAUAGUAACGUCACGACAGCAUUUGUCAGUUUAUUAGCAGAUCGUGAUAGUUUGCAAAGUCAAAUCUUUUCCCCUCCCUUCCCACCCAGUUGUCUCUGGGUCGAGAGGUUCUUCGGUGGAUAAAUUUUCGCCUUUUUUUGUUUCUAUCUUUUGUUAUUUCACUGAAUAAACCUCUCAUUGUGCCAAACGAAAAAGGUGGUUAUUCUUUUUAUGUUUUAGUUAUUAAUCUAGAGCAACAGGAGAAUUCCCUCUAAAUUGCAUUUGACUCAGGAAAUGUACUUUAUGUUUUAAUGAAUUAUAGCCUUCCGGAAGAUGUGGCAUUUCUAAGGAAUCUUACAAAACUGUAUGUGUACAAAAACUUGAUUGAAGAGUUGCCAGAGGUGAGGUGUUACUCAUUACCCAAUUCCAUUCAAUAUCUUUUUUUAUAGUCAUAGUGGCAUUAAUCUUCUUUCCUGUAUCUCAUGCUGUAUUGUAAGAACCAGUUAGGUAUCUAAUUUCUGGCUAUGCCCGACAUCUUAUAUCAAUAUUUUUUUUCUUAUUGUUAGUGCACAUUAGUUUGUGCUUGUAAUGUUUGGAGUUAGACUUAGUUUAAGGUCAGUAUACUGUAGGGGAAGAACCCUGGAGAUAGGGGUGUGCCACCCCAAGCUCCAACCCCUUACCCUUUUAACUAUAUACCAUUUUUGACAGAAAAGUUAUGCCUUUCGUAUACAUUCUAUUGACAAAUGGUACCCCUCCCGGAUACCUAGUUUACAACUUCCAUUCCUAUCCCUUUUAACUGCUGUUAAUGCACUGUCAUUAAAAAUGAACAAACACAAAUCCGAACAUUUUGUCAACUUUUUCACAGCCAUAAAAUGUAUCUGUUUACCUUUUUGGGCCUUUUUACCAACCAAAAUGACAGAUUUUCCUGCCCUUCCAUAUACUGAAAGAGUAAAAUCCCUACCCUUUCAUAUACCUGAAGCCUGAAAAAGGUACCCAUUUUGGGUGGAGCCUCCCCAUAUAGGCCAUUUUAGAAAGUUUAAUUUUUGCCCUUGUUGGCAUUGCCUUCCCAGUGUGAUCCUAAGAUAGGAUACCUAAGGGUUACCUAAAAUGUAUCUCCGAAAACUCAAGGGUGUAAAUGCCCAGCUAUACAAGAGACAAAUUUUUUGUCUAAACUGGAUUAUUUCUUACAGCAUUGGGAAAGCGAUUAGUUAGUUAGUUUUUGUUAUUCCCUUUAAUAUUGUGUCAUUUUUCAGAUUCGUGCCUUAAAUAGGGUAUUAAUAAUAUUAUUUGAUUGUCUCAUCUUUAAAUUGGAUCUGGGUUUAAGACCCUGGGUGGAGCCUCCCUGUAAAAAAAUUUUCCUUGGUAACCCCACCCCCCUUCCAAGCACACACUACAACAAGUUUAAAACUAAGGAUGAAAACAGAAUGAAGGGAUUUGUGGGCAGUGCUCGACAUUUGUUGGGUUGUGUGGGGAGAGAAAUGCUAUGGGCCUGCAGUAACUGGCUCCAUGUUGUUGUGGCUGCUCAACGAACAACAGGUUAAGCUAUCUGAACAUAGGUAGUAACCUUGAGGUUAUCGGUUGAGUAAAUUCAUUUUGAGAAGUUAUGAGACUUUGUACUCUUUAUUGGUGAAGAUAAAAGUGAACUUAAUGUAGUUUUGUUUAACAGGGCUUGUCAAAAUGCACACAGCUCAGAGUACUGGACGUGUCAGCUAACAGAUUGCGGAUAUUUCCAGCUGAGGUGUGCCUUUUCUUUUUGGUUUAGAUGUCAUUCUAUGAACAUUUCUUACUUCAACUUAUUGCUCAAGAAGAUUUAUCAAAGGAGAUUAAUUGUAUUUUGUAUUUACAGUAUAUCAAGAUAUGGGUUAAGAAGUAUAUUAUACAUUUCAAGGCAAAUUACAAUUACCAUUAAUAAAACUCAUGUAAGGCAAUUUUCCAUGGAGCAUGAUCAAAUGCGCUUAAAGGUGGACAUGUCCUGUUCAUUCCCCCCCACCCCCCGCCCCUCUCAAAAAAAACAAAAAUGUAUUUUUUAACUAUGUUGUAACAGAGGAAGAUUAGGGCAGCUCAACUCCCCCUCCCCUCCCCUCCCCCAGUCUUUUCUUUCACUGUUCCAUGGCCUUUGAAAUCAGAUUUGAUAUUAAUUUUUGAAACAGGAAAACCUAUGAAAGAAUUAAAGGUAAAACUACUACCCUUUGUUUUUGAACGUGAUAACGUAUGAUAAUCAGUUUGAAACAGAAUAAAAUUCAAACCAAGGUAAAAACUACCCCACAAUAUGCACUUUCACAGUUGUAGAAUGCAUUAAAGAGCUAUUUAUAUAAUCUGCACUUCUCACAGUAUUCCCUCUUAGACUGUUGCUGCUGUAAUGAUGUUUCUAGCAUGAUUUGUUUGUUGUUUCUUUUUUUAUUUCUCCAGCUGGCCCAUCUUCCUCUGAAGGAACUUUACUGUGAGGAAAACAAUCUUCUUCAACACAUACCAGUUCACUCUCAACAAGAAGAUGAAGUAUUGACAUUAAAGGUAAGACUGAGAAGACUGUAUCAGAAAUUAAAGCAACUUGACAUGCCAUAUUCAGUUCUGUAGAGUAAUGUGUCGUUAGUUGUCAUUGAUGGGGAAAAUAUUUAGUGGAUUAUCUUGUUUUCUUGUGUGAAAAUGAUCCCCAAAGUACUGUUAUUGCUGGUAUUAUAAGCUAUUGUACUGUUUGUAGUGUUUUGUUCAGUUAUAUAACUUUACAUCUUUAACUCUAACCCUUUUACUUACAUGCAUAUUCUUUCUUUAGGAAAUAACCGCAAGAUUUGUUUUAAAAGAACUUCGAGAUGGGUAAGAGCCAUUUAUCGACAUUUACUGUGCCCUACUCAAAAAUAAAAGAAAACAAUAUGUUUUUAACACUUUCACUCCCAGAAUGUGCCCAGUAAAACAACUGACAAAAUCUAGGUAAGUCAUCUCGUAAGUGUAAUCGGUAAGAGGUGUACUUGAAUGGUCACAUUAAUUUUAAUUCCUUUUACAGACUCAGAAGUUAGAACUACCUUAAAGCUUUCGUCAUUCACUCUGGGCCGGAGUGCAAUGAUUUUUAAAUUUUGAACCCUUUUUACCGUAAAUAAUAAUGAACCUGCAAUAACGAAAAUUUGUUUCCUGAAGUGAACUAAAAUGUUGUUGAAUUCUGUGCUGCAGGCGUUCGUUUGUGAAACGUAGCAUACGUCACUUUCCCAAGGUACAGGAGAUGUUACAGUACGCCAGUGAAUGUGCAGUGUGUGGACAGUCCUUUCUUAAUACAUGGUUAGAGUGUGUACACUUUGUGGACGCCCAUAGAGUAAGUAACGACGGUUUGAUUCGUCCUGAGACACAAGCUUUUGUAAAAGAUGUAUAGAGCUUAUUUUCUCUUUCAUUUGUCUCGCGUCAAAUUUCCGAGUCAUUUUACCAGCUGUAACAUUUUGAGUGUCACAUGAGAGUCUUGCUACUAUCCAAAAUUACUAAGGAAGAAAGAUAAGAAAACCGAGGAGAAGCCGAGUUUUAUGGUCAAAACUCUCCUUACAAAGCAGUUUAAUAACAGGCAGCCGCACUCUAAAAAGAAUUGCCCGUAAUGCAGGCUCUUGGCUUUGGAGGUCUGACUACAAAAUUAGCAAACGUCCAUGUAUUUGGAUGCCACGUCAAAAACUCUUUCUCGUGAUUCAUUGAGCUUCUCGAACAAUGAAUAAUUGGUGGAGAAAACUCAAAGAAAUCGCAUGGAUGGGUUUGAACCCCGAAAGAUUUGGUUUGAGUGUCGGUUUGAAAGUCCAGGACUUUGACCAUCAGAACAAGUAGACUUGAUCUUCUGAUUUUUAUUGUUGCAGGUCUUACGUACAAAGACGAAGCCAGGAAUAAUUCCAAUCCGAGGACUUCUUUGUUCUUAUAAAUGUUUCAACUCUGAGGGUCAUGACUAUUUUGGCAUCGCCUAUGUUGGAGAUACUUGAUGAGGAUUUUCAUGGAGAUAGAUUCAAAUUCCUUGUCAAGAACUCCAGCCCUUUCUUGAGUGGAAUACAAACGGAAUAGUGGCGCGGACUGAUUGGUUACCGUUUCCGGUCAUACCAGGUCCACAGCUUUGAUGCUGAGCUUCGAAAAAGAAGAGCCAGUCAUUGCCUUUUUAUUGGCUUAUGCAUGCAGGCGUUCAGUUGACAUAAGUGUUCUUGUGUAUUCGCUGCUUUGAACCUGAAGAAAGUAGGAAGAAAAUGGUGUACACUAGUUACACUAUUAAGUCACUUUAUAUCUCUUGCUUGUCAAUGAAGCGAAGACAAACUUGACACUGUUAGUUCUUCGGGGACAAACUCGACAAAUUUAUAUAAUUGAUCUGACAGGUUUGUUGGACCUGUAAGAUCUCUUAACCAACUGCCGAUUGAUUAACGUCACUCAGGGACAAUGUUCAAGAAAUAGAGAAAACUUCUUAAACUCCACGAUUAACAUGAAUUGUUUUAAAAAGACUUUCAUGGCAAGUUUGGCAAGUUUUUUCCCUAACUGUAGCAUUUUCGGAAAAAUAGCCCGACGAUCUUUCGACCCGUUGUUUAAUGGCGUUAAAUAUAUUCAUUAAAAAAUUGAACAUUAUGUACUUAGUCGAGGCUUUGUUCUGAAAACUUCUUGUUUCCAAUUAUUUAAGCUGGAUACAGAGACAAAAUGAAUUGUAAACUGUAGACUUGGUAGAAAAUCGGAAAGGCGGUUCCAUCCUUUUAUUUUGCCCGCACAAGUAUUUAACUCGUCGCUAAUAAAGUCUAUUGGGUUGUUUGCUGAGAGGAGGAAGGACUGUUUAAGAAUCUUCGAUAGCAUAGUUGAGCCUAAAUGCUCGAGUGUUCCAGACUC